ACCGAUCAGCCUGCGCAGCGCUGAGUCAAACACAUCUGUUUCUCUCAAAAACACAUCUGUUCGCUCCAGGUUUCGUUUCUGUAUUAGUCCUGCCCCUCAAAAACAGCAAACUGACACUGAAAUUCACAGUUUCUGAGCUGUAAGACAAGCAAACAACACAAACUGGAAAACAUGUCGAACCAAGGACCAAGAAGGCCAUACAAUGUUCAAAGUAACAGAUGGAGGUCCUACAGAAACUCACAAGAGCCAAUAAAGAGUGAGCCACCUGCAGAAGACCUGACGCAAAACCAACUGCGUCUCGUCCUGGUGGGCAAAACAGGUGCAGGAAAGAGCGCAACAGGAAACACAAUCCUGGGAGAAGAGCGUUUUCGUUCUGAUAUGAGCAUGGGAUCAGUCACCAAAGAGUGCAAGCGAGAAUGUGGAACGGUGGCAGGACGAAACCUUCUGCUCGUAGACACACCUGGUCUAUUUGACACAGAUCUCACGAAUGAGCAACUACAACAUGAGCUAAUACAUUGUCUAGCUUUGUCUUCACCUGGUCCUCACGUGUUUCUGCUGAUCAUACCAAUCGAGCGUUAUACGGAGGAACAGCAGCGGACCGUGGACAUGAUUCGAGAGAUGUUUCAUGACGGCAUCACCCAUCGCACCAUCAUUGUGUUCUCUCACGCAGACAGACUUCGAGAACCUAUCGAUUUGUUCAUUUCAAAACAAAACCAAAAGGUUCAAGACCUCGUGGAAAUGUUUGGGAAGCGUUACAUGGCUUUUGACAACACAGAUCUGACAAACCAAUGUCAGGUUGUUCAACUGCUGGAGAUGGUGGAUAAGUUGCUGGUUCAGAAUAACAACACACACUUCACCAAUCAGAUGACGGAGGUAAUGCUGAAGGCCAAGGCAAUAAUAGAAGAGAGAAGAACGAAUAAUAUUAGGGAGGAUGUUCAGAAAAUGGCUGAUGAUCGCUGGACUGCGUUAACUGCAGACAUGAAAGAAGAUAGACAAGAUUCAGAGAGAAAAAAGAAGCGUGUCCAAGGCAGGAUUGAUCAAAUCAAGUCUGAUAUAAAAAAAGAGGAACAGAAUGAGAAACCCAUCCCAGAAAGACUAAGACGGUGGCGAGGAUCUCUGGAGAAGGAUCAGAUGAUCCUCAGAAGACUUGAGGAGGAAGAGAGGGAGAGAGUGGAGCGAGAGCGGACUGAAAGGAUCAGUCUGGAUGCAUGGAUGCACGAGGAGCAGAUGAUGAGAGAAAGUGAGAAGACUGAAGAUGAUUCAUAUUACACUCAAAUGCUGAUGAUGCUCACCAGCUUUCUGUCAGGGUUGGGUGUCACAUCGUUUGCAUCUUACCUCUUGAGUUUUCUGUUCCCUGCUGCUCCAGUUGUAGGGGGAGGUAGAAUAGCAGUAGGGACUUUAACCCAAAUGCUUGCUUUGACUGGAGAAGGCGGAGCUUUUGUUUUGCCAACUGCUAAUAAGGUUGCACCGCUGUGCACCAUACAAUAA